AUGAAUUCACUUUAUUUACACUAUUACCAAGAUAACGAAGAAGAAGAAGCAGAAAUAGAUUAUGUUGGUUUACAUUAUCUCUUUCAAGUGAACGAAAGACAAAAUCAUCAAGUGGUUCCCGAUGCUCAUAAUGCUAUGGAACAAAAUGAUUAA